GGAAACCACUAUUCAGAUUAAGUAACUUACGUUUCAGUUUUACCAGAAAGAAGUAUCUGUCUAGCUCAAUGCAGUGUUGGACAUGUUUUUUUUAAUGCAAAUUAUUGAUUUGCAUUCACUAGUAUAACUGAUGCAUCAGUUGUCACUCUGAUAUAUGUUCAGAUUUCAGUUCCCAAAUAUUAAAAGGUAGCAGAGUUAUGCCUGCAGGUGAUAGAAACUAGGACAUACCAUCAUAUUUACUUCUGUAUUUUCUGGCAUGUUAAAUUAGCACCAUAUGUUCUUAUUAGGAACUUGAAAUAUCAUAAAAGAAUGCACAUAAAAAUAUGAAGAAUUUGCAUACUUGGAAAAUAUCACUCUAGAUCCAUACUCACGGUAGUUUAAAAUAUAAUCUGUAGAAGUUUGAUUUGGAGGCUUUUUUCUUUCUCUUUUUCUUUUCCUUUUUCUUUUUCUUUUCCUCUUUCUUUUUCUCUUUUUCUUUUUUCCUCCUGGCUUGAUUAUCUGUGCCCUGGUCAAAGGUUUAGGAUUGGGUUUUACAGUUUUUUUGUUGUUUUUGUUUUUAUUUCCUGAUGGCAUGGUUAUAAUAAAGCCUUUCUGCUUUUCCUAAAAACAGGGACUGAAUGAUGCUGUCCUUGAUAUGGUGGCUUUGCAGAGGAACCACCAUACACAGAUAAGCCCCAUUGAUUAUUGGUACCUCAGGUCCUGCAGACCUUGCCUUAAGCCUGCUAAAAUAGCACUGUCAUCUGCUGGGUUCCGUCUCCAUCUUCCUGACCCAGAUGAAACUAAAUACAGUACCUGACUACACACAAGCCUUUUGGCAGAGCUGUUUCAUAAAUGAUUAUAAUUGUGUUUCUCAGUUAACAAUCUCUUUGCCUAAAUAAAGUUCACAGUCAUUGAUGUUGUAUCAUCAUCCUUCCCCUUACAGAUUCAGCCUACAGAUAUUUCCUCAUGAGAUAGGCUCUCUCUGCCUUUAUUUACCAGAGUAAAGGAGUGUUUUUGCUUUUGGUAUUUGGAAAGGAAAGAGGUACAUGUAUUUGAUCAGUCUUACAUGUAAUUAUAUAGUUUUAAUUCAUCUGUAGCCUCUGGCUACCAAUUUCAGAUUUUCAUUUCUUCCAUCUGACUCUUGCUUUCUAAGGAAAGUGCAUGAGUAGGAUUUUGGCCAGGAUUAGUAAAACUUUAAUGUUUUGGCCCUAAUCAGUAGGUGUGGGUAUAAUUUGUGAAGACUGAUAGGAAGGAAUAUGGCUGAAUCAUUCAACAAUGAAUUUAAAUCAUUCUCAAAAAUUGAUGCUUUAAGUCUAGUUCAUCAGAUGGCAUAUGCUUAAUUUAACCAGAAGCUACUUAACGUCAGUUGUUAAUAAAACACUUGGAAAUGUUGACUCCAUUAUUAAUGGGUUUGAGCUUUCCCCAAAAUCUUUUAGAUUUAGAAAAUGUUUAAUUCUUUCCAUACAGUGUUUUUGUUUUUGAUUGAUGAAACCAAGGUCCAAAGCCUCUUUCAGAAUAACUAUACCUUCCUGACAAAUUCCUAUUCUUCCUGCUAGACCCAACUCACAAGUAUAAUUAUUUUGCGUAAAAUUCCCCAUCUUCCCUCUUACUCACUUCCUUCUCUGUGUCCCACUGCCCAGUGAGUCUACCAGAAUUUCUGGUUGCAGAACUGAUUGUAUGUUCUUGUUUAGGAAAAGUUUGGGGGAGGGGUGCAUGAAGGGGGCUGUCUUUCAGGCAUAGCUGGAUUGAGGACCCUAAACAAUGUCAACAGGAGUAUUUCCCUUUCUGUCUUUCUAUGCUUUUCUCCAUGUAGUGGCAGGUCCUGAUUAUUCUUUUCAUCAUCACUAUCAGCCUUGUUUGGGGCAUAUGUCCAAGUCUGUAUUAAUCAGUGUCUGCAGAGAUAGAACACACUAAUUGGUUAACCUAAGUCAUGUGUACUCAGCUCUGAUGGUGGAAAGGCCUCCUAACUGAUAGCACAAGAGUUGUGGCAGGCGUGGUUCCGAGGGGAAGUUGGGGCAGAGAGAAGCAAGCAUCUUCGUUACUCCAGUGACCCAGUGCCUGCUGUGUACCCUAGAAGUGAUGGACUGCUGAAGGGGAGAAACUGUCCUGCUCAACUUUCUAUUUUGAGCACAUUAAUGGGCAAACUGUAGGUGCUUCAAAAAUGAUUGCUGAACAGUGGUUUCAUUCGGUCAGUUGGAUAUUUCCCCCUUUUCUAUGCCAUUAACUGAGAAAUUUAUGGUUUGGCUAAAGGGAGUUCUUCUUGGUAUUGGGAUAGUGGUGCUGACCUGGUGAGAAUGGCCAUCCUAAUAGCCAAGGAGCCUCUGGAGAAAGGUUUAGCCACUGGGGACAAAUCUGGAGAGAAAAUAAGACUACCCCUCUGCAUUCUUUUUCAGUACUCAUCUCUAGACAAAUUUUGACAUUAUUGUAAAGCAUCUUCCUCCCUAAGAAAAAUGGUUGUAAAUUAUUUUGUUUUUAGCUUUCUUUCUAUUCAAAAGUGCCCUUAAUCUCAGGCAGUCAACUUCCUAUUUAAUCUGUUUCUAUCCCUCAGUUAUUCACUUGAGGUAUUAGGCCCCUUGUCCAGAUUUCUAGUUCAAAGGACUUUUGAGAGGUGAGGAGGAAGCCAGAAGGAAUUCUUGUGAGUGUUUUUAAACAAGAAUCAAAUAGAUAACAUCAAUGAAUCCUGGAAGCAGCUGUUGAUUUGAAGUUGUUUCUUAACAGCAAGCAGUGGGCUGGGGGGAGGGGGAAACAUAGGGCCCUUGAGUUCUUCUUACUAUCUAUAAUAAUUCUAACAUUAACUGAUAGAGUUUGUUGGAGACUUUCAAGGAACCUUGGCUUGUUACAGACAUAGAAAAGCUCAAGAAGUAUACACAAGAAAUGGAGGGUCAGAAGUAAGAGGAAGCCUUCUUUGCUUAUUAUAUUCCUAAUACUAGGUACCUGUUUUGUAUACCAAGAAAAAUAUUUUAUUUAAUAAGCAAAAAGCCAGAAGAAUCUAAAUGCUUUUGAGGAUGCUAACACAUAUGAAUGUGUUAUUCUCACUCAGGUGGACAAAAUCUUGGAAAUGGCCUCCCUGGAGGGUACUUCCACCUGGGGCAGGCGACAGAUGAUAAACUUCCCCAAGAUCAUUAGAAAUAUCAGAAUUCUGCUUAUGAAGACAGUUAUAAUUUUAACCCAAAAUAUUCUACAUCUUUCUAAGUACGCAUUAGCUAGGAGGAACCCAAGUUAAUCAUAAAACACAUAACCAUUUUUUGUACAGCAUUUUCCAGUAAGCAGUAUCACUUACUUUUAAGCCUGUUUAAUUCAGCUCACAUGAGUAAACUCAAGAUUUAUUCUAUGUAUCAAAUACCUUUUAUGAAUUACUAGUUUUUUAUAACUAAGCUCCCUUAUGAGCUUAUUACUUUUUCAGAACUGUAGGUGGGUAAACAGGGUAUAGUGAAGCAGUGAGGGUCUUUCGCUUGGAGGUCUUAAAACAACUUAGCUGCGGGCAGAUUUUCUAUACGAGGGUGUUUUCCUUUAUCCUGAGCUGCAGUUUGACUCCCUUGGAUAUUUUCUGUGUAGAGUGGUGGCGACAUUUCCAAAUCUGUAUUUGUUUUGCUGAGACGUUGAGCUGCUUAUCCAGGAGGCAGGGAGAACCAGUAAUGGCUGCCUGUUGCCGUCUUUGCUCUGAAGUGAAGGAUUAACGUAGGAAGUUCCAAAAGAACUGGAUUUUGGCUCAUGGAGCAUUUAUGAAAUGAAUGGAGAAACAAAAUGUCUCUUCUCAGAAUUGGGUAUCUAUGGGCGUUCAUUUUUAUGCCUAGUCUCUUCAGAAUUAGCCUGUGACACUGUAUUUCUGAAACAUUUUUCUAUCAGGUGGUUUUCUCUGAGUGGCCUAGUUUAUGGGAACCUAGGAGAGUUUUUUUAAAUCAGUUUAUUAAGCAACUGAUAAAAAAAAUUGUUUAAAAAAAUUGUUUUGAACCAUGAAAAGGGUUUAGCAAUAACGUUUCCACAAGGAAUAAUGGAGAGUGCAGAGGACACCAUAGUCAUGCUUCAUAGCUAGGAGGAGUUCCAGCUUAAGGAUAAGUGUGUUUCAGUGAAAUGCAUUCCUCUUUUGGCUUUAAGUACACAUUGGUACUUCAUACGGAAUAUUUUGAGACUUCUAAGUUCUGGUAACAUAUCCAGAUUUAGGAUUUAUAGAAGUUGCUGGGAGUUGGGGGGAGGUUGGUAGGCUUUCAUUCUCUCUCUCUUUUUUUUUUUAUAGUUAAUAUUGAUUUUUGGAUUAGAAUAUAAAUGAGGUAACAGAUACUACAUUUGGAUUGGUUUACUUCAUGAUUGUGGUUUACAAAUGGUAGUGAUAUCAUAGAUUAACAGCCUUUAUUAAUUAGAAAACCAGACUUGCAUGUACUAAAUUUUAAUUCCUGGUGCAUUGGAUUUUGUUUCUGUGUGUUUUUGAUUUUUAGAGCUACUUUAUGUCCUGCAGAAUUUAUUUGGAUUCUGAAGUCGAUGAUAAAUUCUUACCCUAUCUUUUAAGAGACAUUUAUAGUCACAUUGGAAGCCAUGCUAAUUCUCAACUGCCCAAGUUUUACUAAUUUUAUUUUCUUAACCUUUGUUUUUAAGGAACUUGGGAAAGUAGACCUAAAUUUCUACCUUAAUGUAUUAGGUCAUUUAAGUAAUUUUUUCAGUUCCCUCACACACACAUACAGGUUUUUCAUUUUUCAAAAAGAUCCCCUAAAGUCAGUAAGAGUUAUUACUUGCUGUGAUGCUGAGUCCCCAGCUUUCCCCAUCUCAGCAUUCAUUCUGUGACCAUAAGUGAGUGCCUUUGCCCAGGUGUGGUACUGGCUGGCAGGCAAGUUACACAACCAUUUGUGUCUUUAGUUUGGGUCAUACAGAAGUAAAAACUUUAAAGGAUACUAUAGCAAUGUGCAGGGUAGUACCCAGACAACAAAAACUUCUUUUCCCUGGCACUCAAAAUUAUGUGGUAAUGAUGCUGAAAUGGUGAACGUUUUUCUGUUUUCAGAGAUUCAACAUCACAAGGAGAAAAAGCACUCAACACUUGAUUUUAAAAUAAUCGAAACUAUGUUCCAACUUCCUGUCAACAAUCUUGGCAGUUUAAGAAAAGCCCGGAAAACUGUGAAAAAAAUACUUAGUGACAUUGGGUUGGAAUACUGUAAAGAACACAUAGAAGACUUUAAACAGUUUGAACCUAAUGACUUUUAUUUGAAAAACACUACAUGGGAGGAUGUAGGACUAUGGGACCCUUCACUUACAAAAAACCAGGACUAUCGGACAAAACCUUUUUGCUGCAGUGCUUGUCCAUUUUCUUCAAAAUUCUUUUCUGCAUACAAAAGUCAUUUCCGGAAUGUCCAUAGUGAAGACUUUGAAAAUAGGAUUCUCCUUAAUUGCCCCUACUGUACCUUCAAUGCAGACAAAAAGACUCUGGAAACACACAUUAAAAUAUUUCAUGCUCCAAACGCCAGCGCACCAAGUAGCAGCCUCAGCACUUUCAAAGAUAAAAGCAAAACUGAUGGCCUUAAACCUAAGCAGGCUGACAGUGUAGAGCAAGCUGUUUAUUACUGUAAGAAGUGCACUUACCGAGACCCUCUCUAUGAAAUAGUUAGGAAGCACAUUUACAGGGAACAUUUUCAACAUGUGGCGGCACCUUACAUAGCAAAGGCAGGCGAAAAAUCACUCAAUGGUGCAGUCCCCUUAGGCUCAAAUGCCCGGGAAGAGGGUAGUAUUCACUGCAAGCGAUGCCUUUUCAUGCCAAAGUCCUAUGAAGCUUUGGUUCAACAUGUCAUUGAAGACCACGAACGCAUAGGCUAUCAGGUCACUGCCAUGAUUGGGCACACAAAUGUGGUGGUUCCCCGAUCCAAACCAUUGAUGCUAAUUGCUCCCAAACCUCAAGAGAAGAAAGGCAUGGGACUUCAAUCAAGAAUUGGUUCCCUUGCUUCUGGAAACGUCCGGUCUUUGCCGUCACAGCAGAUGGUGAAUCGACUCUCAAUACCAAAGCCUAACUUAAAUUCUACAGGAGUGAACAUGAUGUCUAAUGUUCACCUACAGCAGAACAACUAUGGGGUCAAAUCUGUAGGCCAGGGCUAUGGCGUUGGUCAGUCAAUGAGACUGGGUCUCAGUGGCAAUGCACCAGUUUCCAUCCCUCAACAGUCUCAGUCUGUGAAGCAGUUACUUCCAAGUGGAAACGGAAGAUCUUACGGGCUUGGGUCAGAGCAGAGGUCCCAGGCACCAGCAAGAUACUCCCUGCAGCCUGCAAAUGCCUCUUCUCUCUCAUCGAGCCAGUUAAAGUCUCCUUCCCUCUCCCAGUCACAGGCAUCCAGAGUAUUAGGUCAGUCCAGUUCCAAACCUACUGCAGCUGCCACUGGCCCUCCCCCGCCCAAUACUUCUUCAACUCAGAAGUGGAAAAUAUGUACAAUCUGUAAUGAGCUUUUUCCUGAAAAUGUCUAUAGCGUGCACUUCGAAAAAGAACAUAAAGCUGAGAAAGUCCCAGCAGUAGCCAACUACAUCAUGAAAAUACACAACUUUACUAGCAAAUGCCUCUACUGUAAUCGCUAUCUGCCCACAGACACUCUGCUCAACCACAUGUUAAUUCAUGGUCUGUCUUGUCCAUAUUGCCGUUCAACCUUCAAUGAUGUGGAAAAGAUGGCGGCACACAUGCGGAUGGUUCACAUUGAUGAAGAGAUGGGACCUAAAACAGAUUCUACUCUGAGUUUUGAUUUGACAUUGCAGCAGGGUAGUCACACUAACAUCCAUCUCCUUGUAACCACAUACAACCUGAGGGAUGCCCCUGCCGAAUCUGUUGCUUACCAUGCCCAGAAUAACCCUCCAGUCCCCCCAAAGCCACAACCAAAAGUUCAGGAAAAGGCAGAUAUCCCUGUUAAAAGUUCACCUCAAGCUGCAGUGCCCUAUAAAAAAGAUGUCGGGAAAACCCUUUGUCCUCUUUGCUUCUCAAUCCUGAAAGGACCCAUAUCUGAUGCACUUGCACAUCACUUACGAGAGAGGCACCAAGUCAUUCAGACGGUUCACCCAGUGGAGAAAAAGCUCACCUACAAAUGUAUCCACUGCCUUGGUGUGUAUACCAGCAAUAUGACCGCCUCGACGAUCACUCUGCAUCUAGUUCACUGCAGGGGUGUUGGAAAGACCCAGAAUGGCCAAGAUAAGACGAAUGCACCCUCUCGGCUUAACCAGUCACCAGGCCUGGCACCUGUGAAGCGCACUUACGAGCAAAUGGAAUUUCCCUUGCUGAAAAAGCGAAAGUUAGAUGAUGAUAGUGAUUCACCCAGCUUCUUUGAAGAGAAGCCUGAGGAGCCUGUUGUUUUAGCUUUAGACCCCAAGGGUCAUGAAGAUGAUUCCUAUGAAGCCAGGAAAAGCUUCCUAACAAAAUACUUCAACAAACAACCGUAUCCCACCAGGAGAGAGAUUGAGAAGCUGGCGGCCAGUUUAUGGUUGUGGAAGAGUGACAUUGCUUCCCAUUUUAGUAACAAGAGGAAGAAGUGUGUCCGAGACUGUGAAAAAUACAAGCCUGGUGUGUUACUGGGUUUCAACAUGAAAGAAUUAAACAAGGUUAAGCAUGAGAUGGAUUUUGAUGCUGAGUGGCUAUUUGAAAAUCAUGAUGAGAAGGAUUCCAGAGUCAAUGCUAGUAAAACUGCUGACAAGAAGCUCAACCUUGGGAAGGAAGAUGACAGUUCCUCUGACAGUUUUGAAAAUUUGGAAGAAGAAUCCAAUGGAAGUGGUAGCCCUUUUGAUCCUGUUUUUGAAGUUGAGCCUAAAAUCCCCAAUGAUAACCCAGAGGAACACAUACCGAAGGUAAUUUCUGAGGAUGCUUUAGAAUCUGAGGAGAAGCUAGACCAAAAAGAGGAGGAUGGUUCAAAAUAUGAAACUAUUCAUUUGACUGAGGAACCAACCAAACUAAUGCCUGAUGCCUCUGAUAGUGAGGUUGACCAAGACGAUGUCGUUGAGUGGAAAGAUGGUGCUUCUCCGUCUGAGAGCGGCCCUGGUUCCCAACAAGUGUCGGACUUCGAGGACAACCCAUGUGAAAUGAAACCAGGAACCUGGUCCGAUGAGUCUUCCCAGAGUGAAGAUGCAAGGAGCAGUAAGCCAGCUGCCAAAAAAAAGGCUACCAUGCAAGGUGACAGAGAGCAGUUGAAAUGGAAGAAUAGUUCCUAUGGAAAAGUUGAAGGGUUUUGGUCCAAGGACCAGUCACAGUGGAAGAAUGCAACUGAAAAUGAUGAGCGCUUAUCCAACCCACAGAUUGAGUGGCAGAAUAGCACAAUUGACAGUGAGGACGGGGAGCAGUUUGACAACAUGACUGAUGGAGUAGCUGAGCCCAUGCACGGCAGCUUAACCGGAGUUAAACUGAGCAGCCAACAGGCCUGAGUGCCAGGUUCUCCGGAGUCAGUGACAAACGCUGCAGCCUGGAACUCUGUUCUCCUUCAGAAUGACUGCAAAGCUGUAUUCUGACUGGUACUGCCUUUUGAGUGCUGGGUCAUCAGGCUGUGGGGACAUGUGGCCACUGUGAUCCCAGUGGUUAUUUCUAAGUCUGUGACACGUGAUUGGCUGAUCUUGCUUUAGAACGUGCUGUGACGACACAGUAACUAAAUGUGAAAAACCAGUAACUUGGUGGCUCAUGAACACACAGGAGGAAAAGCAGAGGUUUAUUUUAUCUGCCUUCUCAGCAUUUCUUUCCCUCUGUAAAAUGUUUGGUUGGAUGUCCUUGGGAAGCGUUCUCGCUUCACAUGGUAGUGUAGGGCCAACAUACAAGCUACCAGUCCAAUGUGUAUAGUAGACUUUGGGGAAAUCGAUUUUUUUCAUGUAUUCAUUCUGAAUAGUUGAAAUGUAUAUUUGUACAGUCUUUUAGACCUAUUCAAGUGAUGCUUAUGAUAUUGUUAUUGUGUACCCAUCAUAGAUUUGUUUUUUUGGGGUUUUUUUUGUUUGUUUUUUUAGUGUUGCCCUUGCUGUGUAAUAAAUGCUGUAUCUAGUUGACCUAGCAAAAGCCUGAAACUACCCUAGUGUGGACUUCGGGACAGACUUAGUUUUUGCACAUAUCCUUGUACAAUCUCACAACAGAGGCCAGCCACAUAAGAUAUAUAUCUGGACUCUCUUGUAUUAUAGAAUUUUUCUUGUUCUGAAUAUCCAUGACAUUACAGCUGACAAAAACAAAAACUGGUAUUUCAGAUGUUUUCUGAAAUCUUUUAAGCUAAAAUCACAUGCAAGAAUUGACUUUGCAGCUACUAAUUUUGACACCUUUUAGAUCUGUAUGAAAGUGUGUUGUGUUGAAGCAGCAAACCAAGGAGUGCUGCCUUUUGGAUAUUUAGUUUUAUCUUUAGUUAAACACCACCCUGGUGUCUUCAUUUAUACCAUCUAAUAUAUGACACACUGUUGUAGUAUGUAUAAUUUUGUGGUCUUUAUUUCCCUUUGUAUUCAUUUUACGCAUCUAAAUAAAUUGCUGUAUUGUGCUUAAUGUAAAUAUUUGCUUUAUUACACAUUACAGUCCUCUGUGUCCACUAUGUCUUGUGCCAGUUGAUGCCGUGGCUCUUCCAUCAGAGAUGGAGGCCACAGCCGCUGAGGAAACUUGUGGAAGAUCAAGAUCUGCCACUGGCAGGAGGAAUGCUUUCUCUCAAGGCACCUGUUAUAAAACCUUUGGUUUUGUUUUGUCUUUUUCCUUUUAAACUGCUAAAAUAAACAUCCUUGAAUUUU